AGAUGACUAACAUACUGUUACACGCUGUAGCGACACAUGUCCGCCGUGGAACGAAGAUUUAUUUAUCUAACUUUCUGUUGUAUAUAUCUGUAUUCGGACCCCACAUUGCCUUCAGGGCGCUUGAGAAGAUAUGCCAAACAUUGUUGUUCCCGUGGCGGAAGACAAAGGACUCCGACGAUUGGACUGGAUGGAGGAAGAAGACCAGGGCCUGAGGCAGGCCUUCCGUCCACUGUUGUGGGUGUUGAAGUCCACAGGGCUCCUGUAUGGAGUGAAUAUCCAACAGAAACCUGGCGGUUAUCAGGGUGAAAACAACGAACAACCGACGACAAGUGGCAAAGAAAGGAAGUGUUCAUUUUGGCUGUUUUACGACAUUGUCGUGUUCCUGAUACUUUUAGGAAAUUUUGUUAAUUCCCUUACUACGUUUAAAAGCGCUACCAGCUUUGAUGGGAAUGUUUGUAAUGAAAUUAUUACAGCUACUUGGUUUCUGCAGGCAGCAUGCUACGCAUUGAACAAUAUAAUCGGCUGUAGGAAUUGGAAUUUGUUCUUUGAAAAAUGGGAUGAGUUGUCAAAAAGCAUCGGUUUUAGACAUAUCAAGACUCCAAGAAAAAUUUCAAUUGCCACGUGCAUUCUGUAUUGUUUUUGGUUGGUAGCGUCUUUUGGGUUUAUGGGGAUUGGAAUUUAUUUCAUCACAAGCUCUGGUCCUUCGCCAUCCGAUGACGCAGUGUCUAUAAUCGUUAGAAUCGUUCAACUUACCAUCUACUUCUACUUUGUGUCAGCGUGGUUCUUGUUGACAGCCAUGUUUGUCGUCGCUUGUUACGUCAUCUACAUCGCCUUCCGUCAUUUCAAGAAAAAGUUUACAGGCGCCAUUAGCGGUGACGGAAAGUUUCACGGUGACAUGGAGAGGUAUCGUCUGCUACACGUGAAGUUGGUAGAGCUCCUCCGCAUUGCAGACGACAUAUUUUCGAUGUAUGUUCUGGUGACCAUAGCGACCAUUAUACCGCUCAUUAUUUUCACGCUGUACUUCGUCCUCUUUGAGACCGUGGACACGUUUUCGUACGCCGCCACCUGGUGGUCUGUAGGGCUGAGCGUCAUACAGAUUGUCUUCGUCUUCAUGGCGGGAGGCGUCGUCAACCACGAGGCCCACGCCGUGCUGACCAGCAUCUAUUCUAUAGACUUGCGCUGUCUGACCGCCCAGGAGAGUCUGCAGAUGACCACCUUUCUGACCCAGCUGAGCAGCGCCCCCAUUGGAUUCACGGCCUUUGGUCUCUUCACGGUAGAUAAACCAACCAUCAUAACGUUUGCCGGAAGCAUUGUGACGUAUGCUGUGGUGGUUGUUCAGUUCAAACCGUCCGAAACCACCCUGGACCAGAUACAGCAGGUCAUCAACUGUACCACGCCCUAAUGAUGGUACAGCAGACCAUCAACUGGAUUCAUCAACCGUACCACGCACUGAUAUAGAAACCAGGAUAUAUC